AUGAAUAUUACAUUAUUAAUGAAUGAAACUGAGUCAAUUCCUUGUCGAUCUGUAAAUAUGCUCUCUGAUAACAUGGAUGAUUAUACAAGUCUAUGUAAUUCACAGUAUUCACUCAAUCAUAACACGAAUACAACAACGAUCACUUCUGACAGUAACAUUUGCAGUACUAAUAAUAACAGUAUCAAUAAUCAUCACACUAUUUUGGCUGCAACGCAUACAAAUAAUGUCUGCAAUAAUGUAAAUGAAUUGUCAACUACAGAUUGUACAACUACAAUGGAUACUAUGAACAAUUUGAAUUCCAAUUCCACCUGUGCAUCCCCGAAUGGUUCCACACUGACAAUGUAUGGGACUCAGCAUCGUUUUAAAAUUAGUCCAAAUGCUUAUCAUGAUUUAGAGAAUGGAAACAAUUCAGUAACUAUGAAUAAUAGUAACAAUAGUACUCGUCCCGAUGCAGAUGUGGAUUCAGCCUUCCCACCGAAAAAGUUAUAUACCGAUGAUAUACCUGUAUUAGAUUCAUUUCCUGGUUAUUAUGGUUUCGAUCUUUAUCGACCAUUGUGUGGAGAUACUUAUGAAGCAAGUGAAACGAAACCAAGCACAGCAUUUUUUUACUUUAAAGAUGAACAAGGAUGGACUAAUCUUUAUGCAAAGAAAACACCUACUUGGUGGACAUUAUCCUACUGGUGUCAACGUAAACCACCAGAUGGUUCAUUUAUUCGUUUAACACCCGUGUAUGGAGCGUCAGAUAAACAACAAGAAGUAAUCCAAAGGUGUUUUGAAGAUUUUAUGGCGAUACCAACUUCUGGAAUGGCCCGUUACAGUAUAGUAAUGGUUGGCAAUUCACUAGCUGAAUACUUUUUUGAUCCAACAACUGAACGACUCUGUGUCACUUUACCCUAUGAAACACCAAAAGAAGGAUGUGAAUAUAGCCAAUUCAAUGGGAAAUUCAUGUGUUUCAACAGCUGUUUGUACAAUGGUGGCCAGGGGAAUAAGAAACCGCUCUACUUAAUAAUUACACUAGAACGAAUAAUAACAGGAUGUGAUCCAAGCAAAGGACACUGUGAAGUACUUGGACGUCAAUGUAUUAAAUUUCGUAGUUGUGCAUGCCCUAAAAGAGAUAAAGAAAAUAAUGAAAGACGUACUGGAGAUACUCUUUCAAUCUGUACUCCGACAUUAGGCAAACGUAGAAAAGAAUCAAAUGACCGUAGUGAUCGUCAAGGCAAACGUCUACGUUCAAAUCAGCGACCUUCAUCAGUGAUUAAUAUGAAUGGUAGUACACAUGCAGGGAAUCCAAACAACAACAACAAUAACGGUAUAACUUAUGAUAAAGAUAUCAACCUGCUACGUGAACACAAUUGGUUAUCACCGAAUCAUGAACAUUUAUUAAAUGAAGAAAAGUGUUCCAGUGAACCAUUGAAUGGUGGUAUAGAUGAUUACUUAGAUUAUUAUGGACAAGAAAAUGAUUAUGAUACGUAUGGUUAUGGACAGAAUACAAUCCAUUUUAAUGGAGAAUCGUAUAAUCUAUUGUUGGUUCCAACAAAUCUGCCUGGUGCAGUUGAAACACUCUCCAGUGUACGUUAUGGUUUAUUACGUACAUGGAUCUAUUCAUUGGCUAAACAUCAACAACAUCAACAUCAUCUUCAGCAACAACAACAGUUAUACCAUACAAUGACAAAACAAUCUCCCCUGACAAAUGAUACAGACGGUAGAAAGGAAAAGAAAGCUGAUAAUAACAUGAAUAGUCAAAAUUUAAUCAGUACUGGUAACACUAUGAAUACUACUACUAGCGGUAUGCUGUUAGGUAAAACUUCUACAGAUAAACAUUCAGACAGUUCAGAAAAUCGAUACUAUCCUCCUCCAGUCUCUGGACAAUAUCCAAGCUCAUAUAAUCGUGCAGCAAUUGGAAGUACUUUGAAUCAUUGGAUUAAAACGGAAUCACAUUUGGCCGCAUUAGUUCGUGAAAGAAUUAAUCUCUUGAGCGCAUGUCAACAAACUUAUCAAUUCAGUGGUGAUUCCACUGAUUCUCAACCGAAUUCUACCCUAUCAACAGGUGCAAUGGGAUUUAAUGGUACAGGGAAUCUAGAUGAACCAGUUGGUUUGUUGAAUCAAGACUAUUUUAAUGCAUCGUCUCAUAUGAAUGCAUCAGUAGGUAAUGAAUUGAUCAAUUCAAAUUUAUCGCGUAAUUUCUGCAGUCAACAAACAAAUAUUAUGCAUAAUAUGGCUGCUUACAUUUUAUCCUCGACUAGUACUAGUACCACUUCAACUGCUACAACAACAACAACUUCUGCGGAUAACAUCAGCAAUCGUGGAUAUAUUUAUAACACAGGUGGUGGUGGUAAUAUGGAUACUAAUUGGUCAUAUGAAAUUGAUCCUAGUAUGAGGGCUGGCCAACUCUCGCAUACAGACCAGUUAUAUGAAGCAUCUCAUCAAGGUUUGACUAUAGAUAAUAAUAACAGUAAUAGUAAUGCACUGCAGGUUACCUCAGAUCUUAUUGAUCCUUAUACAUUGGUCCAACAAUUACCCCAGUCAUUGUCAACUUCAUCACCGGUUCAUCAACACCAACACCAUCAUCACCAUCAUCUUCAUGCACACCAUCCUCAUCUAGCUCAUGUUCCUCUUCCUCCUCCCCCUUCUCUCCAACAUCAUCAACAUCACAAUCCCCACAAUCAUCAUAUGCAUCAAAUACAUCUUCAGCAAAACAUGAACACUUCAAGUCCUAUUUCUGGUGCAGCGGAUGAUAACCGUUCCUCAGCAUUUACUACAACUGCUUUGAUUUCAGAUGAUUCAUUGAAUACUAAAUCAUUGAUAUUUAAUUCAUGCAUUCUUCCUCAGAUUGCACAAACAACAACAACAACACCGACGACAACAGGGACAUCAACAACAUCAACGACUAGAGCAGGAACAACUGGGACAACAACAAAUUUUGUGAAUGAUUUUAAUACAUCAAAUUUUUAUACUACAGCAUAUUUUAAUCUUACUGCUUCUAAUACUACUGAUAAUAAUAAUGGUGAUACUAUCACUACUACUACUAAUAAUAAUAAUAAUGAUAACAAUAGUAAUAAUAUUAACUGUACAAAUGUUAGCGAAUCGACUGAUUUAACAGAACAGAAUUCUACAUUAAUCGAGUCGUUAUCACGAUCCAGCAUCCAGUUAUCCAAUCAUACAAAUCUGUCUGAAUCUCUUUUAUUAUCAGAAGAAUUAUUGCAUAAUUGUCUAGAUAAUAAAAAGAAGUGUUACGAUGAACAAGAUGGUGUUCAUUCUAUAUUGACUAAGCAUUUAAGAAGUACAUCAUUCUGUUUAUCGUCUUCUACACACUCUCCUGAAUCCUGUGGGAAUGAAAAAUUCGUCAAGUUAGAAAUAUGA